AUGGACCCUGGGGAAUGCACCUGCAUGUCUGGAGGAGUCUGCACCUGUGGGGACAACUGCAAAUGCACAACUUGUAACUGUAAGACAUGUCAGAAAAGGUGCUGUUCCUGCUGCCCCCCAGGCUGUGCCAAGUGUGCCCGGGGCUGUGUCUGCAAAGAGGGCUCAGACAAGUGCAGCUGCUGCUCCUGA